AUGUUCUUAGAGUUUUGGGCAACUUCAGGCUUGGUUUGGGUUCAUUUCUGGACUUGUUUUGAGGGAAAAGAGGUGUGCAUUGGUUCCUUUGGAACCAUGCACAAGGCUUCCAAUUUUUCUCCUCAGGAGUCUGCGGCCAUGGAUGAAAAGUUAGAAGAUCGAGCCGCUUUGCUUUCUCGCAUUGAAGUAUUGGAGCGAGAACGAAAUGAACUACGUAGUGAUAUUGAACAAAUGUGUAUGCAACAUGCUGGACCUAGUUAUGCUGCUGUUGCUACAAGAAUGCAUUUUCAAAGGACAGCUGGUCUGGAGCAGGAAAUAGAUGAUUUGAAGAAAAAGUUAACUUCUUGUCUUCGAGAGAAUGUAAAUCUCCAAGAAGAGCUUUCACAGUCUUACCUUAUCAAAAACCAGUUAGCUGAUCUUCAUGCCUCAGAGCUUAAGAAGAGCUUAGAAGCAGAGAAGCAGAUUAAAUUUUUCCAAGGCUGUGUUGGUGCUGCAUUCUCUGAACGUGAUAAUGCAAUAAUGGAGGCUGAAAUAGCCAAAGAAAAAGAGGAACUUGCAACACAACAAUUGGGAAUUAUCCAGCAAAAGAUAGAAGAACUCACCUCAAUUGUUCUUGAAGAAAAGAAAUUUUCAGCUACCCUUCAGACUGAUCUAGAAAAUCAAAAGAAGGAAAAUGAAAUAUUCAAACAGGUGAUCAAUAAGUUCUAUGACAUCAGACAACAUUCUUUAAAUGAAUACAAUGAUGUCAAUUUAGAAGAAAAGUGUAUCACUUUACUGAAUGAUUCAGAAGACAUGUGGAGUUUCAAUAGGCAUGAUGAGGAAACAUCAACCACUAAAUACAUUACUGCAUUAGAGGAAGAAGUGGAGGCAUUGAGAAAAUCUGUAAUCAAUCUUCGAAGCAAGUUACAAAUGGGAUUGGAGAUUGAGAAACAUUUGAAGAAAGUUGUUCGUGAUUUAAAAAACAAGAAAAUAUUUUUGGAAGAAAAGAUGAAGAGGGACAUAUCUGUCUUACGUGGCUUAUAUUCUCAACACAGGGUUGAUAUUGUAAAUUUGCUUCAAGAGGAAUUUUCUCAGUUUAAAUCAGUUAUUGAUUUUAUUAAAGAAAAUAUGGGACAAAUUAAUAUAAAUGAAGAACUUAAACAUUUAUCUCCUCAAGAAAAUGAUUGUCGUGAUGUACAUAUAAGCCCUGAUAUUGGUUCAGAUACUAUUACAAAGGAAAAUGUUUCUGAAUCACAAAAAAGUUGUAGUUCUGAAUUAGGGGAAGCUUCUGAACCACUUGCUCAAGCAUUACAAGAGAAGGUUUCAGCAUUGUUGCUUCUAUCACAACAAGAAGAGAGAUAUUUAUUAGAAAGCAAUGUAAAAGCAGCUCUUGAAAGUAAAAUGUUGGAGCUACAAAGAAAUUUGAAUCAAGUGACAAAUGAAAAAGUGGUUGCUCUUAUGGAAUUAGCACAAUUAAAGCAAGAAUAUCAUUUACUACAAGAGAAACUGAAUGAUGAUAAGCUUGUAAUUGAUAAAGAAGAGAAAAGCAUGAUUCAAGAUAAAGAUGGAAGAUUAAAAAGUUUAUUAAAAAAGACAUAUUUUAGUCAAUGGAUUAAUCCUCAACAAGAUAUCAGCAAGAAAAGUUGUAAUGCUACCAUGGAUUUUGCAAGAAUGAAGGUUGAAUAUAUAUCACUCAAGGAGAGCUUGGAAAGCAUGGAGCAUUUAACUAAUUCAAUUCGUAGACUUCGUUUGUCCCUCAUUAAGGUUAAAGAAUCGGAUACGGUUUCAGACAUUAUUGAAAAUGUUGAGACAGAGGCAAAGCUUUUAAAGACGGCUCUUGGGAGUUGUGUUCCUGUAAGUUGGUCAGCAGCUGAGUUGGAUACGAGUCAAGAAAAAGUUGAUGGUGUGUCAGCAGCUGGUUUUGAGAUGGUGGAGUUGCUUAUUUUAGCCACACAUCUGUUAAAAGAAAAGACUGGCUAG